CAAUGCUUUCGACACUAGUCCUAGCUGGACUUCCUCUUGCACUCAGUCAAUUCGUCAAGGCUCCGACGAACUGGACCCAUGCUACUGGUUUUGCCGACAUUCCAGUCCGGUACAAAGAAGUCCCAAAUGGCAUCUGCGAGCUUAACAACACUGUAAAGAGCUACUCAGGAUAUAUUGAUGUCGACACCAACGAACACUAUUUCUUCUGGUUCUUUGAGGCUCGUAACCAGAACCCCAAGGAUGCCCCUCUUACGGUGUGGAUCAAUGGUGGCCCUGGUAGUAGUUCGAUGAUCGGGCUGUUUCAAGAACUUGGUCCUUGCAGAGUCGACUCAAAUGGCACAGUGGUCAAUAACCCCCACUCGUGGAGUGAAUCGAGUAACAUGAUCUUCAUCGACCAGCCUGCCCAGGUCGGAUUCUCUUACUCCAUUCCUGUCCCUGGGUAUACCGAUCCCAAUUCGGGAUCCAUCGUCACUCUACCCAACGCCACAUGCCCUGACUACGCACAGAGCUGCGGUACAUACUCUUAUCCCAAUGAGACCCUCACAGCAAAUUCGACCGCUGGCGUGGCACCAAACUUCUGGAAAGGUCUACAAGGCUUCAUGGGUGCUUUCCCGCAGUACUCUCGCCAUGAGUUCAAUUUCGCUACAGAGAAACAAAACGACCUGAUCGCAAAGAACGAGCUUCCAAGCGCUCACCACAUCAAUCUCAAAACACUCCUCAUCGGUAACGGCUGGUAUGAUCCAUUGAUCCAGUAUCAGGCCUACUACAAUUUCACCGUCUUUCCUGGAAACACAUAUGAUUACAAACCUUUCAACGAAAGUAUAUCAGCUAUGAUGUACAACGCUCUGUACGGGCCGGGCAACUGCGUCGACAUGACAAAAGAUUGCAAAGCACGUGGGAUCAACGAGAUCUGCAGUUUUGCUGACAGCUUCUGCGCUAAUAAUGUUGAAAACGUUCUUGAUGUUUAUGCUCUUCGUGACGAGUACGACAUUCGCGAACUCUCCCCUGAUCCAUUCCCGCCCACUUUCUACGUCGACUACCUCAACUCCCCCACGGUUCAGGAAGCCAUUGGGGCCUAUGUGAACUUCAGCGAGAGUAACAGCGCCGUCUCGUCAGCUUUCGGAAGCACGGGUGAUGAUGAUCGCGAGGACGGUACCAUCGAAGCACUCAAGUCGCUGGUGUAUGGAGAUGUCACCGUUGUGCUCUAUGCUGGCGAUGCUGACUAUAACUGUAACUGGCUCGGUGGAGAGGUCGUUGCUGAGGAGGUUGACGCUCCCGGCUUUUCAACUGCGGGCUACACCAACGUUACCAGCUCAGACAAUGUUGUCCAUGCACAGGUCAAGCAGUCAGGCAAGUUCUCGUUCGUUCGUGUCUUCGAGUCCGGUCACGAAGUGCCUUUCUACCAACCUCUUAUAAGUCUGGAAAUGUUCGAUCGUGCAAUCCACGGCAAGGAUAUCGCCACUGGAAAACGCACAGUCAAGGGUGGAUACAAGACGUCCGGUCCGGCCAAGAGCACAUACCGUGAGGGCAACUCCACUGUGCAAUUCGAAGUUGUCAAUGCGACUGCUACAUACAAUACUACUCUGGAUGGACCCGACCCUUCGUCGGCCAAGAAGAGCUUCAAAGCUGCGAGCAAGAGGCGUCUCUUCAAGCCCACAAAAAGAGUCGUCGAUCUGACGGUC